CCGUCAUGGCAGUCGGCAAGAACAAGCGCCUUACGAAAGGCGGCAAAAAGGGAGCCAAGAAGAAAGUACUAUGAUUGAAGCUCAUGUUGAUGUUAAGACUACUGAUGGUUAUUUGCUUCGUCUGUUCUGUGUUGGUUUAACUAAAAAACGCAACAAUCAGAUACGGAAGACCUCUUAUGCCCAGCACCAACAGGUUCGCCAAAUCCGGAAGAAAAUAAUGGAAAUCAUGACCAGAGAGAUGCAGACCAAUGACUUGAAAGAAGUUGUCAAUAAAUUGAUUCCAGAUAGCAUUGGAAAAGACAUAGAAAAGGCAUGCCAAUCUAUUUAUCCUCUCCAUGAUGUCUUCGUUAGAAAAGUAAAAAUGCUAAAGAAACCCAAGUUUGAAUUGGGAAAACUCAUGGAGCUUCAUGGUGAAGGUAGUAGCUCUGGAAAAGCUACUAGGGACGAGACAGGUGCUAAAGUUGAACGAGCUGAUGGAUAUGAACCACCAGUCCAAGAAUCUGUCUAAAAUUCAGGCUUUUAAUAAUGACAAAUAAAGAAUCCUAUUUGUGAAAAAAAAAAAAAA